AAUAUGGCUUGCGUGGGACUUUGGCGGCGGUCUGUCUGCACGGGGGAGGUGCCGUUUGGUAGCUGUAGGACGUCUUAUAACCGAAGAAUUCUCGCAGCUCCGCUAGUAUGAACGCUUCAACCUACUUCGCAAGACUACCAAAGUCGAAGAACCUUCGAGAAACACGUAUCGCUGGAGCUCAUCUCACAACGUCAAUGGAGGCGGAUCCGGAAGGAGUAGACUUUUGGCAGCGCGGAGACUCGUACGGCUACGAUUACUCGGGAGGUGAGGACGAACCCGAAGACGCAGAGGGGUACGGUGCUCUAACGGGCCAACUGACGUCUUACGAAGAAGCGUACAACGUCGGACAGAAGGUACUGCUCGCCGGGCAAGCCGCAUCGAUGCACGCGAGGGACAGACACUACCCUCGCAGCUACGACUCGGAGGGAUACGCCGCAGACUCAACGGACAGCACCGAAGUCGACAUGAGCGUCUACGGGGUACGUUACUAUACGUAGUAAACACGCAUACCUGUACGCCGACUGCGUAUUAUAACGGUGUUCGUAAAGCAUUGCAGUGUGCCAAAUCAUACAGCAAAG